UUACAUUCUUAUAGCACGUUUUGACAUUAUUGUGGCUACUGCUGUCAACGUGAAAAAGUUUAAUUUUUUCCAUAAAUAAGUAUUCCGAAGGUCUGAAUCGUUUUCACUCCUGGAAAUGUUCUCGGUUUCGGCUAUCAACCGAUUCUUAGCACCCUGUGGGGUAUUGGCUAACGUUCGGACAGUGCAAAUAUCAGCAGUAGAUUUUGCCGCUCGCAAGGGUACUCGUGAGAAGGCACGGAAGGCUAAAGUUAAAAAAGUUGUUGAAAAAAUCGGAUUUAUUCGACAUGACAUGCGAAACAAAGACAAAUUGAACCUCAACCUGAUAAACAAACACAUAGAUGACAGCUGGAAGCAAGUGCCGGUUGAUAAUUGUUGGGUAGGCAAGUACUACAAAUGGAAAAUAUAUACGACUGAAGAAGCAAUUCUUUGUCACCGUGAGACACAUCAUCCAUCGAUGUACAAUCUGCCCAAUGCACCACUUUAUGCGCACAUCGAGCUAAACAUGCAAGCGGAGAAAAUCACACGUUUCGUAGAUAAUUUCCAACGAAUGGUGGCAAUUCCGCACAAAUUUCCAACUACCGAAAACCGCAACAUUAUUGUUUUUGCCAAAGGACAAGACGUUCUUAAGGAGGCAUCUGAUGCCGGAGCUACGCUUGUCGGAGGUGUAGAGCUAAUUAAAGAGAUUCAGAAUGGUGAUUUGCAGCUUUCCGAAUACCCAUUUAUUCUCGCUCAUCCUAACAUCUUACCAGAUCUUGUCGUGAUACGUGGUCUGCUUAAAAAGAGCAAAUUCCCGAACCCACGAAAUGGAACGCUGGGUGUGAAUAUGGCAGAAAUGAUAGAAAAAUAUUCCCACGGAAUUCAAUACUCUGCCGAGAAAGAUGAGUAUCAAAAAGAUUUCGGCUCAAUUGUGGCUUGUGUUGGCACAUUGCAAAUGGACGUCAAGUGUCUAGAACAAAAUCUGUCUGCCUUGCUUAGUGAUGUUAACUCGAUGCGGCCAAAGCGUGAAGGGAAAUUCAUUACACGUGUUCUACUGAAAAGUCCACCCUCGGGUGAAACACUGAAAAUCGACCCAUUCCUGUACGUACCGGAGGAGGGUAAAGUAACACCGAACAGAAAAGGAAAAGCUGCUGUCGAAGAGCUUGAGGAAGAAUCUGACGAAGAAAAUGAAACGCGAACCGCUGUGAACAACGGAUGAUAACAAUGAUAUGACCAUGAACUGUUAGCGAAUUAAAAUACCGAUUGUAGACAAAAUGACAA